AUGCAGUCUAAGCUGAGUUCUGAGUUGACGUACUAUCUUAAAGAAAAGGCUGAGAAAAAGGUUUCCAUUAAGGACUUCUUGAGCUUUAAUGGUGCUUCUUUGCCAGAGAAUCUUGAAUGUGCUAAAUCUCGGAUUGUGAUUAACUAUGGGAAUAUGUUUGGUAAUUAUUUGCUUAUCUUUGGAGUGGUAAUCUGCUUAUACUUGAUUAUGCAUCCUAUCUUGAUUAUACCGGCGGUGUUUAGUGGGGCUAUGCUUUAUAUGAUUACUAAGUGUGAGGGAGAGGAGGUGAUUAUCUUUGGGAACAACUUUAAGCGCGAACAUCUUUACUUGGCGGCUGUGGUUGUUCCGGUACUCUUUCUUAUUUUGAUGCCUUGGACCUUAGUCUCUCUUUUCUUUACACUGAGUAUUGGUCUGAUGCUUAGUGUUGGGCAUAUGCUGGUUUUUAAGCCAGUAGUGGCAGCUGAAGAUGUCUAA